GGAGCGACAUGGGCCGUGGGCUGAGCCUGCUUCUGCUGCCGCUGGCGCUGCUGGCGGCCCCGGCGCGGGCCGAGGGCGGCUCGGCGGCGGCGGCGGAGGAGGUUCAGAUAGAGGUGCUGCACCUCCCCGAGGCCUGCAGCCCGAAGAGCAAGAAGGGCGACCUGCUGAACGCGCACUAUGACGGAUUCCUGGCCAGCGACGGAUCCAAGUUUUACUGUAGUCGGACGCAAAAUGAAGGUCAUCCAAAAUGGUUUGUUCUGGGUGUUGGACAAGUCAUAAAAGGUUUGGAUAUUGCUAUGAUGAAUAUGUGUCCUGGAGAAAAACGGAAAGUGACAAUUCCUCCAUCAUUAGCAUACGGACAGCAAGGAUACGCACAGGGCAAGAUUCCACCCAAUGCAACACUGAUCUUUGAGAUUGAACUUUAUGCAGUAAAUAAGGGACCUCGUAGUGUUGAAGCAUUUAAUCAAAUAGACAAAGACGGUGACAAGAAACUCUCUGAACUUGAGAUAAGCCAGUAUUUGAAAGAAGAAUUUGCAAGAGAUGGGAAAAAACGUCAUCCCUCCGCCCAUGAUGAAAUCUUAGCUGAUAUAUUUAAGAAAAAUGACCAUGAUGGAGAUGGCUUCAUAUCAGCAAAGGAGUACAAUGUCUACCAGCACGAUGAACUCUAAGUACUUCAAAAAAUCUUUGGCUGUUUUCUGGACAGUGAAUUCUAAAUAAUAAUACUUUGUCACAGAAUUUUUGUAUUUUUUUUAUAGUGGAAUCUUUUUAUAUCUCUUAAGGUGACUGUAAAAAAUCUUAUUUUUAACAUUCGGCUAAUAAAAUGUGUCAGAUGUUUCAAAAGAAAAAAAUAAAA